GACAGUCAGAGGUGUUCUGGUGACGGAGAAGAAAGUGAAAAAAUAAAAAUCAAUACCACUACUGUAUCUGGACUCUUGGAAACGCAAAAACUAUGAAACGGCAGGCCUUAGUUUGCCUCUUUCUGCAGCUCACUUUUGAGUUUUUUUCAUGCACAAAUGUCCGGAUACUACAAGGUUCUUCGGUGGAUUUGCCAUGUUUCUUUCCAUCAGUUUCAUUCCCUGAUGCAAACAUCACCUGGACGUUCAAUGGACAAACUAUAAAGGCUAGUCCUCCACCAACUGGCUCAGCUCGACUAAUAAAGAAGGGGCUUUAUGUCUCGAUCUCUCCUGUAACUCCUGCCAGCGGGGGCGAGUACAUGUGUUUGGCAAGCAUGAAUGACGCGGAGAUGAUAAGAAUAUUCAAUUUGACAGUUGACCCGGUUCACAGUAUUAUUAAAGCGUCUGGAGGCUUUGAUGUCAGCCUGCCAUGCUACUUGCCAUCAUCCAGACCCAUUUUGGGUAAUGCGCUGUGGUUCAAAGAGACCAUUGGGGGUAAACGAAUACAGCUGCGUCUCGAAGACGAUUCAGGAAAUGAGGAGAAACUGGUCCUGGUUUAUCCUGAUGAUCACGAUCAGACCAUUAUACUCAAACGGGCAAACGCAGAGGACUCUGGGAUUUACAGCUGUGAAUCUGCUGAGGGCGAGAAUCUCCACACUAUACAUCUUUUUGUCAAAGAUCCUGACAUCCCUUCAUGCGAAGAGUUUAACAAGGCACCCGAGAUUUGCCAGGAGGAGGAAAGACGCACAGCUGAGCUCGUACUGAAGGAAUCCAUGACAGAGUUUUCUAUGAAGCUGUACUCUCACCUCAAAGACCAACAUCCCUCAAACAACUUACUCUUCUCUCCCAUCAGCAUCAAUGGGAUUCUUUCCCUUUUGUUGUUAGGUGCAAACGGUAACACUCGCAGUGCCCUGGAGCGAGCGAUCUGCCUGCCUCAUAACCUCCGGUGCGUUCACUUCCAGAUCAAGAAGCAGCGAGAGAAGAUGGCUGCCUCCUUGCAAAUGGCUUCUCAGAUCUUCUACAAUCCACAAAUGAACAUGAGUGAGUCUUUUACAAACCAGUCCAUCGAUUACUAUGAAGCAAAGCCCAUAAAACUGCUGGAAUCCAGCGAAGAUAACACAAAGAUGAUAAACCAGUGGGUGGCAAACAAAACCAAAAACAAAAUCACAAACUUAAUCGACAGUGUAAGCCCCAAUGCACAGCUGGUCCUGAUCAACGCCGUGACCUUCAGUGGUCAGUGGAAGUUUAAGUUUAAUGAAAAACCAGCGAAAGGAUACUUUACAAAAUUGAAUGGUGAUCUAGUAAAAGUGCCUCUUGUCUUUCAUUCAAAUUACAUGGCAAGUAUGUCCCAUGUUCCUGAACUGAAAGCCCAGGUAGCUAAGUUUCUUCUCACAGGAGACAAUAGUCUGUACAUCCUCCUGCCCCCCACCAACACGCUGACUGACCUGCAGGAGGUGGAGAGGAGGAUGACAGAUGGAAACGUGCAGCGGAUGAUACAGCAGCUCAACGCAUCACCCCAGCCUAUAGAGGUCACUCUGCCCCAGAUUAAGCUGGAUGUGGAGCCGGACAUGAUCGCCCUGCUCAAAAAAUUAGGUCUAUCAUCACUUUUUGAGGGAGCCCACCUGUGCGGCUUCUCCUCCGAGAGGCCUCUGGUGCUGGAUGAAGCCAAACACAAAGCUUUCCUCUCGCUGAGCCAACGGGGAGUGGAGGCCGGGGCCGUGACCACCAUGUCCUUCUCUCGCUCCUUCGCUUCCUUCAGCGCCCUGCGGCCUUUCAUUUUGCUGCUGUGGAACAAUGAGGCCAACACGCCACUCUUUAUUGGCAGGGUGACAGAGCCAUAAGAGGCAUAAAAAAAAAUAAUAAACAGAAAAACAAUAAAUGAUUACUGACAAAUGCUUUCUCCUAAACAUUGCUAAUAAUUUCUGUACGGUCAGUCAUUUUGUUUUCAAGCAGUCCUUACAGAACAUGUUCACAU